GAGUUCAAUUUUAUUUUGCAUACAAAAAGACUAUUACGCACUAAGCAUAAGGUUUAAUUUUCUUUAAUUCAACUGCAAUAUGUACAGAUAGAACACACUCCUGUUGUACGUUGUACUUAUUACAUCCAAGAUAGGUACUAAUACGAAAUUUGUGUUAAGUCGAUGUGUCAAACUGACAAGUGCCAACCAGGAGGUGGUAUAAGGUUAUGUGUAAAGUUUUUGUUUGUUAAAAUUCAUAAUAAAGUAGAUUGAGGUUACAAUGAAGGUCUACACAAAUCACGGUAAUACCGGAACAUUAAAAGUGUUGAUUGCUGCCCAACUAGCGGGCAAAAGAGUGGAAAAAUGUCUCGCUUCUUUCGAAGACGGCAUUUUCACAGGACCACAAGCUCUGCCGUUGCUGGAAGUCGAUGACUUGUUGACAUUCUUUUCAAGUAAUGCUGCUGUUCAGUACUUAUUUCCGACACUAGACUUGUCUGAAAAUGGACAAUGCCAACAGAUGCUUGAGUGGGAAGCAACACGCCUCCAGCCUGCAGUAAUGGCAUUACUCAGUGGAAAGGCUGUAGCUGCUGAUCUCCGACAAGUACUGCAAGCUUCAUUACAAAUGCUUGAUAAAUUGCUCCAAAAGAACAAGUACAUUCUUGGGGAAAAAUUAUCAGCGGCCGAUAUAUCUAUUUGGAGCACACUAUAUCCAGUGUGCUUUGAUGAAUCCCAUAAACAAACCUAUAUCACUGGAUGUGAUAACAUUGUUAGAUGGAACACUAACUUAGCUUCUGCUAAAGCUAUACAGGAAGCAGUUCAACAAUGGGGAUGGUCACCAAUGAGUCCCUAUGGAGUAUCAUCAGCACUAGGAAUUCCACAGAUUGCCAGCAUUGUCUCACCUAUUGGAUCACCAGAUGAAGACCCGGCUGCUAUAAGUGUUAGUCCUGAAGAAAUAGAGGCGGCGAAGGACGGUUGGAUUAAUGGCGUAAAAAAUAUGCAAGCACCAAUACAACAUGAAAAAGUUGUGUUGCCUGUGAAGGAUCGUAAGAACGUUUUGAUUACUUCAGCUCUGCCAUACGUCAACAAUGUACCACAUCUUGGCAAUAUUAUUGGUUGUGUUCUCUCCGCUGAUGUAUUUGCAAGGUACUGUCGACAAUGUGACUACAACACGCUGUAUAUAUGUGGUACAGAUGAAUACGGCACAGCUACGGAAACUAAGGCUUUAGAGGAAGGUAUAACACCGCGAGAGAUUUGCGACAAAUACUUCGACAUUCACAACGCAGUAUAUCGCUGGUUUGAUAUCGGCUUUGAUUACUUCGGACGAACCAGCACUAAGGAACAGACUGAGAUUUCGCAGAAGCUGUUUCUGAAACUAAUUGACAAUGGCUUUGUUAGCACGCAGUCAGUUGACCAGCUGUAUUGUGAGAAAUGUGAGAGAUUCCUAGCUGACAGGUUUGUGGAGGGCGUGUGCCCGCACCCCGGCUGCCUGUACGGCGGCGCGCGCGGCGACCAGUGCGACAAGUGCGGGAAACUCAUCAACGCGAUAGAACUGGUGGAGCCGAGGUGCAAAGUGUGCUCGCACAGGCCCACUGUGCGCCCCAGUGAACAGCUCUUCAUAGAAUUGGGUCAAUUGGAGCCGUCACUGCGCACUUGGAUCGGCCGUGCGGAGUCGGGGUGGUCUGCGCCGGCGCGCGCCGUGACGCGGGCGUGGCUGCGCGACAGCCUGCGCGCGCGCGCCGUCACCAGGGACCUCAAGUGGGGCGUGCCCGUGCCUAUUGACAAACACGCACAUAAGGUGUUCUACGUGUGGUUUGACGCACCUAUCGGCUACAUGAGCAUCACGCAGUGCCUCACCAAGCAUUACGAGAAGUGGUGGAAGCCCGACAAAGAUGUUGACGUGAAAUUGUACCAAUUCAUGGCGAAGGACAACGUUCCGUUCCACGUGAUAAUGUUCCCGGCGACGGUGAUCGGCGUCAACGAAGGAUAUAAACUUGUCGAUCAUAUAUUUGCCACAGAGUACUUAAAUUAUGAAGAAGGCAAAUUUUCGAAAUCCCGCGGAGUUGGUGUAUUUGGAACAGAUGCUCAGGAAACUGGCAUACCUUCAGAUGUGUGGAGAUUUUACUUGACAAGUAUACGACCUGAAACCUCAGACUCCAGUUUUAGUUGGGUUGAACUUGGUACCAGGAACAACUCUGAGUUACUAAACAAUUUGGGUAACUUCUGUCAUCGGUCGCUGAGUUUCUGUGCGAACUCGUUCAAGGGCGCAGUCCCCGACGUGGCCCUCACUGCGGCCGACCUGGAGCUCAUCGCUCUCGUCAACAGGGAAGUUAGAAGUUACGUGGAGAACAUGGAGAAGGGGCGGCUGCGCGAGGCGCUGCGGCACGUGCUGAGCGUGUCGCGCCUCGGCAACCAGCACAUGCAGGCCGAGCAGCCCUGGGUACUGCUGAAGGGAUCGCAACAUGAUAAGGUGCGGGGCGCGACUGCUGUCGGUGUGUGUUGCCAGCUGGCGGCGCUAGUGUGCGCGCUGCUGGCGCCCUUCAUGCCGCACACCGCGCGCCGCCUGCGGGAACAACUCAAUCUACCCGAGGUCGCGUUAAGAAUCAACCCACAGAAUCCAUCAUUAGUGCAGUACUUACCACCGGGUCACGUCAUCGGUAAACCUGAGCCGCUCUUCUCUAAGAUAGAACCCGAGCUGUUAGAGAAACUGCGGGCGAAAUACGCUGGUACCCAGAGCGAUAGAGCCAAGCAAAAUGGCGAUACAAAAUCAUCUCCAUCUAAAUCAGUAGCGGACCUUGAAGCAGCCGUAGAGAAACAAGGUAACAAAGUAAGAGAAAUCAAAGCAUCUACAAAAGAUAAAACAGUGUGGCAACCUGAAGUUAAUAAGUUACUGGACUUAAAAAAACAACUAGAAGCUGCGAAAGUCGCGCAUAAAAAUACCUCAACGACAUCGAGUGAUAGUGUUGCCAGUCUAGAAAAAGCUAUCGCUGAACAGGGUGAAAAAGUAAGAAAAUUGAAAGCGUCAACUAAGGACAAGAGCGUGUGGCAACCCGAAGUGAACAAACUGCUGCAGCUGAAAAAGCAAUUGACAGCUGCGCAGGCGCAGGCCAACACUGCCAGUGCUGCCAGUGUUGCCAGUACUGAAAGUAAAGACGAUGUUGCCAGCUUAGAAAAGGCUAUCACUGAACAGGGUGAUAAAGUAAGAAAACUAAAAGCAUCAACAAAGGAUAAAGCGGUUUGGCAACCAGAAGUUAACGUGUUGUUAGAUCUGAAGAAACGUCUUGCGGCGUUACAAGUCAAAUAAGUACAAAUAUAAGCGUAGGUUUCUACUGCAAUGGUUUGUAUUAAUAUAUGUUGUCAUUCCUUUAUUUCUCUUUGACAAAACAGCGACUAUAAUAUAUUAAUACUGCAUUGUAACUGCAGAUGAAACACACUGUAACAUUAAACAAUACAUUUUGUAGUACGGACAUAUUAUGUAUAUUUCUGAAAUAUAAUUUAUCAAGACUAAAAAGCAUUGAAUAAAUUCAUUAAAAUUAC